GCUGGUGUUGAGUUAAACAAACAAACGGGAGUCAGAUAAUAAGAAACGAAAACAAAGACGCCGAGAACAUUGGAGGAUAUGAUACUUCAGCUAGAGCUUGAAGAAGAUAUAGUUCAAAGAGCUAGGUUACGUGAAUCUUACUACGGCUCUUUUGAUAACUGCAACGACAAUGAUGAUAACUUAUAUCAGCCCGUUUGGAUGUCAUGCGUUAACAGUUCCGAUAUUUUGAGGUCGGCGAGGAACGCUUUGAACCAGUACCCACGUUUCUCGCUGGAUGGUAAGGAUGCGAUGUACCAUUCGUCAUUCCAGCGCCAGCUUGGCGCAUGUACUGAUGUGGUGAGACAUGGUGGACGUAGAUCAAAAUGCGGGGAGAACAGGGAUCGAGCAAGACAAAGCACCUAGCUCGGACUGUGGCUGGAGAGAGUUUAGUGUGGUCUGAGACAGGGUUGAUUGCGAAGCUGAUGGGUCUGGAGAUGGUCCCUGUUCUGGUAAAGGGAAAAAGGGGAAAAGAUAAGUUGGGCACUCUGCUCAUGAGAGAGCGUCUAAGGAGGAGAGAUCAGACAUCGACAUUAACGGUCUGAAUGGUCAAACCUAAGAAGCUUCUUGCUCGUCCGGGAAGGUUUAAAGCGAUGAGACAGCUCAUAGCGGUUGGGAUUUUUUAUGU